UAAUAAGCGUUGAAAUUAUUAAUAGUUCACCUUGUCAUGGAAAAGCCCCACCCCUUCGAUGAACUACAGAUUACGCAGAAUUUUUUUACACAUGAAAAACAACACGAGAAGUGACCGGCAUAUAAAUAAGAAAACAGAGUUUGAAAUACUGAAACCAAGACUAGAAAAUGGCUCUGCAUGAGGAGCUAAAUUCGAUGUUGCGUCAUGGUCAGCGAGAAUGUCUGCAUCUUAAUGGUUUGAUACGCAAGCUGAAGUCUGGGCAGGUAAUGCUGAUGAUGAAAAGAGAUAAAGCCAAAAAGGAGUUAGAAGUCUAUGUUAACCAGCUGUCCGAAUCAUUGAUAGAGUUCAGGUCAGAAAUGUAUGUCUCAAUACAGACUGAACUAGACAAGAAAAUCAAAGAGAUCACAAGUCUACGUGAGAAAUACGAGACUGAUAUCAACUCGUACAUGGAAUUAUGUGUUGAAACUGAAAAGCUUGUACAGUUUGGAAGAAGUAUCAAUAAUGAAACAGAUAAGCAUAAAGCUGAACAGUUGCUUAAUGAAUUCAGUCAGCUACUCAAGGUAACAUCAGACAGUCGUGAGAUUGAUGCAUUAAUGAAACUGGAGUUUUACCCAGCAUUGCCAGCUGAUAGUAUCAUGUCUUCCAUGUUUGGGGACCUGAUCAGAGGAGCGUCCCCAAAGCUUAAAAAGUCCUCCUUGUCUGCUCUUAGUGCAAGAAAAAGUAGGUUAGAUAAUGACCAAAACUCUGGUUUGGAUAAAUCAGAUAAGUCUGUGGAAGUUAUGGAAAAAAUAGAUCAGUAUACUCAGACCGAAAAUGUUAGAGAACAAAAUUCUAGUGAUGUUACAUGUGUGGCAGACAACCAGGGUAGGAGCCAUGAUCUCACCAGGUACAGUCCAAUGCAGUGCAGUCAACAGCAGUAUGUCUCAUACCCUCAGACCUCACCACCAGGUUUUGAAUAUGUUACUAUGCCAUACUGCACAUACGAGUCGUACUCUUCACAUAAUCCACCACCCGGAUUUUCGGUUUAUCAGCGACCUGGUGCUCCUCAAUCCUAUCAACUUGCAGGAGUGCCAGGGCCGAAUAUGCAGGUGAACUCCUGCAUGUUUGCCAAUGUUCCGUUAUAUCAAGACUCACAGUUUAACCAAUCAUAUACUGCCUUAGCUUCCCCUACUGUCAGUUAUCAAGUUCAGAAUGCACCUUUGUACCAGUGUAAUAGGUCUGUUUCUCCAGAAUCGGCAUGCAUUUACCAGACACAGGUGGCACAACAGCAUUAUACACCGCCUGUAAGAAAAUCAUGUGCUAUUCCAAUUACAUCUCCCAAUGCUGACUCGAAAGGGAAAAACAUUCAGAAAGACAAAGAUGAAAAGAUAGAAAGUGGCAAGCUUGCAGCAAGUAUCAGUUUAUCUCAACCUGAAGUACAGAAUAUUCCACUGCCAAUGGGCCCAGCACCAAAAGAAAAUACAGUUGGCUUUGGGAACCGGAGAAAUGAACACUUAAAACAGGCUUCCAGUGUAGGUGAAAAGACUUGUGUGAAGGUGUUGGAUUUGGGGGAUGGUAUUGUCCCAAAUGAAAGGGACAAUGAAAUCGAAUUCACUGAAAAACAUGUUGAGAAAUAUAGUAAAGACAAUCCUUCUGUUACUGAAAAAUCAGGAAUCAAGGCAGAAAAUGAAGAAUGUUGUAGUGAAAAAGCUGGAUGCUUAAGUGACAUACAAAGAUUUGAAAAGCUACUUGAGAAAACGACCAAGUUAACAGAGUUGUUGGAAUCAAGUAAUAUUGAUGAAAUUGAAGGAACACAGAGAACAGAUGAAUCUGUUGAGAUUGAUACUAAAAAGUGGAGUUUUAAACAUACUAUAGAUUUGAUUCAGGACAAAAGUACAUCAAAUCAUGUUACUAAUUCAGAUGAGGUUUCAAGGCACAAGGUUGUAGAGAUUCACAAAUUGCAAAUAGAUCAGAUGCUUUCAAAUAUUGGUCAAGAAUUGAAAGAGAAAUUAGCCAAAGGUGAGGAAAUCAUUUCGCCAAUGAGACCACUUCGAAGGCCCCUAAGACUUCCAAAGAAUUACAGAGCUGAACCUAAAUCUAAAGCAGACUCAGAAACUGCAUCUAUCAGUGAUUCUAUUUCAAGUAUUGACAGUGGGUUCAUUGCCAAAGAACAUACAGAUAAAAGCUGUGCUGAAACUGUUGGUUUCAUCAGUAAUAAUUUGAAGAUCAAACCAGAAAAGUCGGAACUGGAACAAGAUAAAGAGCAAGUUAUUGGUGAUUUUGAAAAUGUUACUGACGAAUAUAAUAAGAUACAAGUGUCUGAAACCUUACAUGGCCCUGAUGUACUUGAUUUAAGUGCUUCGAGUGGUGUGAACUUGAGAGAUGUAGCCAAAAAUCAAAGUCCUUCAAAAAGAGAGAUUAGAGAACUGAAUAAGGAAACUUUGCAGUCCCAGACUAAAUGGUUGAAAGGUUACUUGAAGCAAAUGUUGCCAGACAACAAAAAGGACGUAAACUUGAAAAAAUGUGAUGAUAAUAACAACGGUGUAAAAGAAACCCUUUUCACUGAGCCAGAAACAAAUGAAGGAAAUGUUGAAAUAGGCACCAAAGCAAAGGCGGAUGUUGAGGAUGUAACUUCAUUUAAUGCCGAGGAAGCAAAUGCACAAAACAUUGUAAAUGAUAUAGCUGCAAAUGAAUUUAGUGAUAGUUAUCUAUUGACUGAAAAGGUAAUCAAAACUGAAAAUGAAGGUAAGGAACAUGAGAAACUAGAAGACACUACUUCAGGGACAAAGCAAACUGAUAAAGAAAAUUCUGACACAAACAAAGGCAGUGCCGCUGACCGGAAAGCAGAUCUGAAGAAUCUUAAAAGUGCUGUUAAAGGUUUCCUAGGAGGUCAGAAAGAUGCCAACCAGAGGUGUGCUAAAACCUAUUCAAGACUUGGUGCUCUACAAGCUCAUUGGUUGAAACAUUCAUCAGGAAAACAAAUCGAGGCCAAGUUCCUAUUUAAGUGCUCCCAUGAUAUGCAUUUUCCUAUUGGAGUGACUACAAACAGUUUGCAGCAGAUUAUAGUAGCUGAUACUGGUAAUCACUGUGUCAAGUUGUUUGACCAAAAUGGAAAAUUUAUUCGGGUUUUUGGAGGAGAUGCUAUGUGUAGACCAUCAGCCAUUGUAGUGAACGAGUUUGAUCAUAUAUUUGUGAAAGAUGACGUUUCAAUCAAAGUGUUUGACAAUCUUGGUGACUUCAUCAUGAAUAUAGCUACAGACUUCUCAAAACCAUUUGGUCUUGUGCUUACACCAGCCAAGUGUUUGUUAGUAUUGGAGACAGACAGGCGUCAUCCAGCUCUCGUUCAUGUUUCGCAAGACGGAAGUCAAGUUUGGAGGUUUCCGUAUACGCCAUUGUUGAAAGCUCCACCUGGCAGCAAGUGCAGGUUCAUGGCAGUCUCUGAAAACAAUGUUGUUGUUAGUGAUUUGGGGUUGAGCCAGAUUUAUAUAACAAAUCUGGAAGGAAUUUUUUUCAAGGUGAUAGGCUGUUAUGGUCAUGGUAUCAUGCAGUUCCAAGAACCUUCAGGAAUAUCAGUAGACAACUACGGCAACAUUGUCAUCGGAGACAGUAGAAACAAUAGAAUACAAGUAUUCCGACAUGAUGGUUCUUUCACGGGAUUGAUAGACUUUGAUGACAAAAUUGUCCGUCCAUCUGGAGUUCAUCUUACGUCGGACAACAAACUGAUUGUUGUCAAUUUUCUUCAGCAUGUUGUCAAAGUGUACCAGCUUUUAGCAUAACAUUGUUCAGUGUUUUAACAGCUAGCGUGUCAGUAAUUGACAAAGGGCAGUGAUUUGCUAGCAUAACUUGUUGAUAUUCUUAAGACAAAGUUUAUAUGGUAUAUCUGGAGUAACCUGCUAGCAGAAGAAAGUGCAUCGAGAUGGCAUUACAUCUAGGUUGCUUCAAGUAAUUGCUAGCAUAGAACUUGUGAGAGGGCAUAAUAAACAGCUAACAUUGCAUUACUUUAGUCAGUGUGCAUCAAGUUGUUGUGAAGUUAAAUGUUACAGUGUACUAAUUCCUUGCAUGAACAGCAGACAGUAUGUAUAUAGUGGGAAUAUAAUAAUUACUGAACUAUAUAAUCUGCUGCCACAAGAAGAAACAUCUGCCAGUGUCACAUGUAUUGGAGUGAUAAAACUGCUAGGAUAGUGGAUAUCAUAUGUAGUACACCAACAGCUAGUUGUACAUUUAGUGGUAUGUGUUAACUUUCUCAGGUGUGUAAACUUGUUAAAGUGUAUAAACUGCAAGCAUGACAGUUUUCAGCAUAGUUACAGUAGUUGCUAGCGUAACAGUUGCAAAUGCUUCAAUUAUUGCAUAAUGAUUAUGGGUAGGCAAAAGGAAUAUUUUGUAGAAAAGUGUUUUGUUGUGUUGCGCUACAAAAUAAGUAUUGUUGAUCUGAUGCAUUUGGGUGUUUGGAGUCAUGAAUACAAAAUACAUACAAGAAAUAUUUUAUUUUCUUGUAACAGAAAAGAUUCAAUGUUAAGAAUAUGCAAAAUACUUAAUUCAGCCCUGCUGACUGCCAGUUGUUCAAGUGUUCAAAACUUUUGGCGUAAGAUAUGUCAGUAUGAAUUGACAAAUCGCUUUCAUUAGUUGACAUCAAAUUAAUGCAACAAUUGUUUUGUUACAACAUUCAGGUUGGUACUAACAUUUAGGAUUGUAAACUAAAUAAAUUCUGAACAAGAAGUGUUAGAAUAACAAUUGUUAGCAUAUACUAAUAUUAAAUGUGUUUCGUUAAUAUGCUGUAUCUUGUGUUGUAGAGAAUAUCAAUAUAAUAAUGAGCCGAGCCAUGAGAAAACCAACAUAGUGGGUUUUCGACCAGCAUGGAUCCAGACCAGCCUGGUCAGGAUCCAUGCUGUUCGCUAAUACUUUAUCCAAUUCCAAUAGGCUUUAAAAGUGAACAGCAUGGAUCCUGACCAGAUGCGCAGGCUGGUCUGGAUCCAUGCUGGUCGCAAACCCACUAUGUUGGUUUUCUCAUGGCACGGCUCAAUUAUAAGCCAUUUAUUUACUUCCAUAGCAAUGAAACAAUAUGGAUUUUUUUCAUUUUAAGAAUGCUCAUUUUUGUUAGAAAAUCUAGUCAAGAUAGUUUUGCUUUAUUUUGUUCAUUUGUUUAACAGGAUUAUUCACAUGCUGUUUAGCUGACCUUAACACAAAGUGCUCUGCCAGCAAUUUAAGUGGGAUUGCUCUAUUGUUUCCUGUCAGCAACUGUACCAUUCUCUUUCCUUGAGCAGUCUUAAUGAAACUAACAUGUGGCCACAAAUGGCCUUAAUUUUACAGAAAUUGCUCCUUUUAGCUCGACUAUACAAAGUAUAUGGAGAGCUAUCCUACUCAACCUGGCAUCUGCAUCCGUCCGCUUCCACACCUUGAUUAAGUUUUGAUGCACUUUCUCUUUAUCUCUCGAUUACCUCUUAAUUACUCGAUGGAUUUGCUUCAGACUUAAAAUAGUUAUUCCUUUAAUCGUCACCCACAUCACACUGCAGUGACAGCUCCAGCUUCCUCAGAUGUGCGCAGUUUCACUAUUCAUCGUCGAAAUAGUUGAGCGCGCUGUCACCUGUGACAGCUCUUGUUAAUCACGUGUCCGUUGUUAAAAUUGCAAUUAUAUCUUCAUUUGGCUUCCUAAGAAUUAUUGUUCUGGCAUACUACUGGACAUACUAGGUCAUAAAUCUUACGGACAGCUCUUGUUCAUAAAUGUUUUCCAGUUAGAGGGCGACAUGCAGAUAGCAACGGUCAUGGUGGUAUCCUAAGAUCAAGUUGAGAUAGACAGUAUUUCAUAUCUACUACCUUGAAAGGAUUUUAAAAUAACUGCACAAGUGUUCGCCAUAAUGAGAUUAGGUCAGACAUGCAGUUUUCAGGCCUGGUUAAAAUAAGGUCAAGUUUGUAUGGUGUGUUAAAUGGUCAGGUUGUAUUUCAUGUCUGCUCCAUAUCUUUAAUCCCUGUUUGAUUUUCCAAUAAUUUUGCAUACGUUUGUAAUAUUAUAAAUUGAACAGGAUAUGAUACACAAAUCGAUUUACCCUUGUAUUGAAAUGAUAUGGGGAGGCAUGUCCUUGUUACAAAAGCAAUUUCUUGUGUUACUUAAAAUAGAUAAGAAGAUUGGGUAAUGAUGCACCAUCUUGUUUAGUAGAAAUAAUUGAACAUGCUACUGAUUGAUUUUUGCACAGUUUUGUUUUUCAUUGUAAUUAAGGCAAUUUUUUGUUUAUAUUCUGUUACAGGAAUGUCUUGUUUUGAGUUUUGCUUACAGGUAGGAACCUGUCUUGUUAAUAAAGGUAAACAGUGUUAAUACAUCAUAAUGAUCUCUUCAAUUUGUCAGCAAGCCUGCAAGAGCUUAAAGAAAUAUCUCUUUCGAGCUGUUUAAUGCAUCUCCUUAAGAUUUGUCAUGAAACAUUCUCUCAAGACAUAAUGAAUACUCUUUGGAUAAAUAUGAAACCUACCAAAUUUCUAUCUUAUUCCGAACACUUUCUUCUAACUUUGACAUUGGCUUUUAGCUCAUCUUUUUUUUAUGAAAAAAAAAAUGAUGAGUUAUUGUCAUAACUUGGUCUGUGUCGGUGUUGCCUGGUUAAGUUUUAUGUUUAGGUCAGUUUUUCUCCUAAACUAUCAAAGCUGUUGCUUUAAAACUUACAACACUUGUUCACCAUCAUUAGCUGACUCUGUACAGCAAGAAAUGUCAGGGUUCCCACAGGCUUGAAAAGUACUUGAAAAUGAAGGGCAGUCUUGAAAAGUCCUUGAAAACAAAAUUUGUCUUGAAAAGUGCUUGAAAAUUGCCCAAAGACCUUGAAAAGUACUUGAAUUUCUUAUUUUCUCGUAUGCUAGACAAUUAAAAUCUGCCUGAAAAUCAAAAGUAAAUCUUUUAGAAUAAAAUCUGCAAGUUUCAAGCAAUGGGCAGAGCUACGAAAACGCCGUAAUAAAAAAGGUCGAAUGUGUUCGGGACGAAAGCGAAGUUUGGGUACGAAUGUUUCAUACUUUCUGUUAGCGUUGUCUCCUCGGACUAAAAUGGUGUCAGUUCAUUACAAAUCUGUGUAAGUAUUAUUUAUAAAUAAGUCCUUGAAAACUAUAAGACUAGUGCUUGAAAAGUCCUUGAAUUUGACUUGGCCUUGUCUGUAUGAACCCUUAUGUAACUCAAUCCUGCUUUUUGCAAGAAUUAUGGCCCCUUUUGGACUUAAAUAUAAUAAAUAAUAUAAGAUUUCUUGGUUAAGUUUUAUGUUUAAGUCAACUUUUCUCCUAAACUAUUAAAGCUAUUGCUUUGAAACUUGUAACAAAAAAAAAUGAGUUAUUGUCAUCACUUGGUCUGCGUCGGUGUUGCCUGGUUCAGUUUUAUGUUUAGGUCAGUUUUUCUCCUAAACUAUCAAAGCUGUUGCUUUAAAACUUACAACACUUGUUCACCAUCAAAAGCUGACUCUGUACAGCAAGAAAUAUAACUCCAUCCUGCUUUUUUGCAGGAAUUAUAGCCCCUUUUGGACUUAGAAAAUCAGAUUUCUUUGUUAAAUUUUAUGUUUAGGUCAACUUUUCUCCUAAACUAUCAAAGCUAUUGCUUUAAAACUUGCAACUCUUGUUCACCAUCGAAAGCUGGCUCUGUACUGAAAGAAAUAUAACUCUGCCCUGCUUUUUGCAAGAAUUAUGGCCCCUUUUAUACUUUGAAAAUAUCAGAUUUCUUGGUUAGGUUUUGGGUUUAGGUCAACUUUUCUCCUUUACAGUCAAAGCUAUUGCUUUAAAACUUGGAGCAGUUAUUUGCCUUUAAAAGCUGACACUGCACAGCAAGUGCGGUAACUCUGCAUUGCUUUUUGCAAGAAUUAUGGCCCCUUUUGGACUUAGAAAAUCAUGGGUAGGUUAAUAUUUCUGUUAUACAGAGACAAAACAAUCAGAUGAGCGUCUGCAUCCGCAAGGCAGUGCUCUUGUUAUACUAAGGGUUGCUCAAGUUGAAAAGUAAGCCACUCCUUUAAAAGGACUAUCAAAAAGUUUUGUUUGUGACAAAUUUGCAUAUAUAUAUUUUGGGUAGCAUAUUGUUCUGUUCUCAUAUUGUGGUAAAGUGUUUUCAAUUAACUGUACCUUAUUCUAACUCCAUGUAUUUUAUCAAUGAUUUUUAGCUCAUCUGAUUUUUUGAAAAAAAAUGAUGAGUUAUUGUCAUCACUUGAGCGGUUGUCGGCGUCGGCGUUGCCUGGUUAAGUUUUAUGUUUAGGUCAGCUUUUCUCCUAAACUAUCAAAGCUAUUGCUUUGAAACUUGGAAUACUUGUUCACCAUCAUAAGCUGACCCUGUAUAGCAAGAAACAUAACUCCAUCUUGCUUUUUGCAAGAUUUAUGGCCCCUUUUGUACUUAGAAAAUAUCAGAUUUCUUGGUUAAGUUUUAUGUUUAGGGCAACUUUUAUCCUAAACUAUCAAAGCUAUUGCUUUGAAACUUGGAAUUCUUGUUCACCAUCAUAAGCUGACCCUGUACAUCAAGAAACAUAACUCCAUCUUGCUUUUUGCAGGAUUUAUUGCCCCUUUUGGACUUAGAAAAUCAGUUUUCUUGGUUAAGUUUUAUGUUUAGGUCAGCUUUUAUCCUAAACUAUCAAAGCUAUUGCUUUAAAACUUGCAACACUUGUUCACCAUCAUAAGUUGACCCUGUACAGCAAGAAACAUAACUCCGUCCUGCUUUUUGCAAGAUUUAUGGCCCCUUUUGGACUUAGAAAAUAUCAGAUUUCUUGGUUAAGUUUUAUGUUUAGGUCAACUUUUUCUCUUAAACUAUCAAAGCUAUUGCUUUGAAACUUGCAACACUUGUUCACCAUCAUAAGCAGACCCUGUACAGCAAGCAACAUAACUCCAUCGUGCUUUUUGCAAUAAUUAUUGCCCCUUUUGGACUUAGAAAAUCAUUUUCUUGGUUGAGUAUUAUGUUUAAGUCAACUUUUCUCAUAAACUAUCAAAGCUAUUGCUUUAAAACUUGCAACAGUUUUUCACCAUCAUAAGUGGACACUGUACAUCAAGAAACAUAACUCUAUCCUGCUUUUUGCAAGAAUGAUGGCCCUUUUUAGACUUAGAAAAUCAUGGGUAGGACAAUAUUUCUAUUACACAAAAAAAAAUCAGAUGAGCGUCAGCACCCGCAAGGCGGUGCUCUUGUUAAAGAAUUGUUCUCUUGCUUGAAAAUUGUUAUGUUAAAGUGGAAUAGGAUAAAAUUAUUAAUUUGUUUCGAGUUGGGUUACAUUUUCAGAUAGCACUUGCUUAGAAAACUUUGUGUAAACAGGUAAUUGGAGGUCUUUAAAGAUGCACAAAUGUAUGAAAGUUGAGGAAAUAAAAUAUUUCAAAGUG